AUGCGUUGUCCGGCUGCAACCUCAGCGACCACCACCACCACCCCCGUUCCCACCGCUGCCACCGCCCCAAUGCCACUCUGGCCGGAGGAAGUAGAGGUUGAGGACAGGGCGGGCCAAGACACGGUCCAAAUCGCCCUGGUUUUCGCGCUGGCACCAACGGCGACAGCGCAGCGCGAGAGCUUCUGCCAUUCGGUCGGGGUAAUCGACGUUCGCGACUUCAGGUCCCGGCCUGACGAAACGGUCACACUUUGGAAAUCUCUUCGUCCGGUGGAGGCGUCGCCCCACAAGGACAGCCUCGACAGCAACCACGAUGUGGGAGCCGUCCAGAUAGCCAUCACGUACUACUCCGAUGACUGCGUAGACCAGGGGUACACGUUCGCCGCGUUUUGCGGGCUCGUACCUCUGCCGCUCAUCCUGUUCUUGGCGAACACCAAGCGAUCAUCGUUGUUGCCGGCGGGCAAGUUCCUCCCCAAGAGCCGGAGUGACGGCGUCGGCCGCAGCACUGUCCUGGAGCGCUACAGCAGUACGGCGAGCACCGCCAGCCUCAGCAGCACCGCUAGUGCCAGGAGCAGCAAGGGCCACGGCAGCCAUGAGGAGGGCGACAAGAAGGACAGCGCCACGACGAGCCGCGCGACGAAGAAGGACAAGCUCAAGCCUGCUCCUGCUGCCACCGCCCGGUCGCUCCCGGUGCGCGUCGAGAUGCUGUGA